CGCCGCCACGGCGCGUCUGCGCAUGCGUGGAGGCGAGAGGGAGGCGGGCGUCACCGGGUGAGGCGAGGGCUGGGUCGUGUCGGUCUCUCGGAGGCAGCGCGGUAGCGGGCAGUCAUGGGUGAUGAGUCAGUACCAUUUUUGCUGGACCAAGGAACCACUAAAACAUACCAAAUACCUAUUGCUCACCUGGACUACAAGUUCAUUGAAAAAUGCACAGAUGUUAAACACUUGGAAAAGAUUCUCAGGGUAUUAAGGUCUGGUGAAGAGGGAUGUUAUCCUGAACUUACAUUGUUUUGUGAAAAGCGUAUUGAGCAUUUAGAUCCAAGGAGCAGAGCUCUGAGAAAAGACAAGCCUCCAGCCACAGCUUCUGAUUUCACAGCUGAAGAAUGGGAAACAAUUAAUGGUGAACUGAUGAGCUGGGUGACAGAAAUGAAUGAAGAUGAUAAGAAACCACAGUUCCCAGGAACACUGCAUGAACGACAAGAUAACUUGCCUCCUAUUCGUUGUUCCAGCAGCUGUCUUUCGGCUAAUCAGCAUGAAAAAUCACAAGACAAGCAAAGAAACAAGAAAAACAUACCACGGGAUUACAGUGAAUGGGACAAGUUUGAUGUGGAAAAGGAGUGUUCUAAAAUUGAUGAAGGCUGUGAAGAAAAUAACUCAAAAGCAAGAUUCUUUAGUAGGCCAAGGCUACCUGUAAUUGAAAAGAAAAUAGACACAACUGGCAUGACAAAGAAAGAGAAGAUUUUUAUUGCUAAUCGUGAAAAAGAAAAGGGCAAUGAAGCCUUUGCCAGUGGUGAUUAUGUGGAAGCAGUGACAUAUUACACUCGGAGUAUAUCAGUAAUACCUACUGCAGCUGCAUAUAAUAACAAAGCUCAAGCAGAAAUCAAACUUCGGAACUGGGACAGUGCUUUGCAGGAUUGUGAGAAGGUACUAGAUAUGGAACCUGGCAAUGUAAAAGCUCUGAUGCGCCGUGCCACUGUUCACAAUCAGCUGCAGAAUUACCAGACAGCUAUAGAGGAUCUGAACGAAGUCUUAUGUAUCGAACCAGAAAAUGCUAUAGCUAAGAAAAAUCUGCUAGAGAUUGAAAAGAAACUGAAAGGUUUAAAGCCUGUAUCUGAGACUCAAGGCAAAGGAAAAAGAAUACUUAUUCAAGAUAUAGAGGAUUCAGAAGGUGAUGAGGAAAGAGGGGAAAAUACAGAAGAAAGUGAAAGAAGCAAUGGAGAUAAAAAAUCUGGCGUGCCAGUAAGAGGAGAGGCGACUGCUGGGGAGGCGGCAAUGGGGAACACACACCGAAAGUUUCGUACCAAAGGAGAUGGCAGUAAGGCGGAGGACGGAGAGACGAAGAAGCAGAAGGAAUCUACUGAGAGUGGAUUGAAAAAAGGCACAUCAGAGGAGAACUCACAAAAGCAUUUGUCAGACCAUGAAGGUGAAGUUAAUGGCUAUUUACACAGUUAUCAAAGGAGUGAAACCCCUCAAGAUGAGAUGAUCUCCAGAUCGCAUGGAGCAGGGUCUCAGCCAGUUGGUGAUACCAGUUCUACUUCACUUCCUCCUCUUGCUGCAAAACUAAAAAGUGAAGGAAAUGAGUUAUUUAAGAGUGGACAGUUUGGAGAAGCUGUGCUCAAAUACUCAGAAGCAAUUGAAUAUGUCAUUGGUCUAGGAGAACAAAGUCCAGAUGAUUUAAGUAUCUUGUACUCUAACAGAGCAGCAUGUUACCUCAAAGAAGGCAACUGCAGUGACUGCAUUCAAGAUUGUAACAGGGCUCUGGAGCUUCAGCCGUUUUCCCUUAAGCCACUUCUGCGACGAGCGAUGGCACAUGAGUCUAUGGAGCGGUAUCGACAGGCAUACAUUGAUUAUAAAACAGUCCUACAAAUAGACAGCAGCAUCCAAGCAGCAAAUGAUAGUGCUAAUAGAAUAACAAAGACUUUAAUAGAUCAGGAUGGUCCCAGUUGGAGGGAGAAACUGCCUCCAAUUCCAGUUGUCCCAGUUGCUGCUCAGCUACACAGGUGGGAUGGAGGAGGCUUCACUUCAGAGAAUAAGCCAAGUGCUACAGAUGUCAACAGAGAAGAACAGUUGCAAAUGAAUUGUGAGAAAGCUGAGGAGAAGUUCAAGACAUUAAAAAAUGAAGGGAAUGAUUUUAUAAAAAAGGGUAAAUAUGAAGAAGCUGCAAAUAAAUACAGCGAAUGCAUGAAGUUAAAUACCAAGGAAUGUACAGUCUACACUAACAGAGCUCUCUGUUACUUGAAACUGUGUAAAUACGAAGAGGCUAAGCAGGAUUGUGAUCAUGUUCUUCAAAUAGAAGAUUCUAAUAUUAAAGCUUUCUACAGAAGGGCCCUAGCAUACAAAGGAUUACAGAAUUACCAAGCCAGUGUUGAUGAUUUCAAGAGAGUACUUCUGAUAGAUCCAGAUGUUCUUGAAGCAAAAAGGGAACUAGAGGAGGUGACGCAGCUGCUUAACCUUGACAACAGUGCUGUAGCUGGCGGUCAACAAAAGCAAAGGAAGAAAAUAACCAUACAAGAGGUGACUGACUCUGAUGAACAGGAAGAGAGAAAGUUUGCUACAUCAGAAGAUGUUGUGACUGAUUGUGUUGCCUCCAAGGAAACAGUUCAAAUGAAUGCACUGCUGCAGACUUCUGAGAAACUGCGUAUUUCUGAACCAGCUAAUGCUUAUGACUUUGGUCAGAUUAUAAAUGCAGUAAAUACCAAUAAGGAUAAAGCUGCUUGUGCGGAGCUCUUAACAAUUACCGAUCCAAAAAAGUUGCCAAUGCUGCUAAGUAACAAACUUGAAGGAGAAAUAUUUUUGAUUUUUAUCCAGUCAUUGGAAUAUUAUGUAGUUGGAAAAAAUCCUGGUCUAGUAUAUCAGCACCUUUUCUACUUGAGCAAAGCAGAAAGAUUUAAGGUGGUGCUGGCCCUACUUAGCAAAAAUGAAAAAGAGCAGGUUCACCAGCUGUUUGACUCACUUUCAGAAAACCAGAAUCAUCAGUACUCCUGGGAAGACCUGGAGAGCCUUAAAAAGGUUUAUGAACUUUAAGAAGUUAAAAUUACUAGUUGCACGCAUAGAGUUGAUGUUUCCGAGAUGAUGAAUGUCUGACCUCUGCAGACUUGCGUGGGUUGAAGUGGGUCUUCCUUCACCCAGCCUGUCUGAAUUCUAUUUUGUUUUGACAGCAUAUGCACAUUCAAAAUUUGCUGCUUUUUUUCUUGUAGUUGUGUACAUUCUUAAUCUCUAGAAUUUAAUGCAUAUCUUUGUGUUCAGUAACAAGAGUUCAUGUUAUUUAGCAUACUGAUUUUAUAUAGUUGUGUUUAUUUUACAUUAUAUCUAGUGUGUGAAAUAUCUUGAUGGUACGAUAAUACACUUUCAGUCAACAUUUAUUUUAUCAUUUUGUGAGUUGUAUGUUCUUGUUAUAAAGAAGAUAAAUGGGUCAGUUAGCCAAUAGCUGUACUAAAAUGAGUUUACAGAAAGUAUUACUAUUUUUCAGCUGAACUACUACAGGCCAUCUGUUUCCUCACUACCCCUGCUCUCUGCAAAACAGAUUCAAAUAUUUUUGGUGCAAUACAAUUUAGCAGUGAGGGUGAAAGAGCAAUAUAUUAGUUUGUCAUGGAACGCUUUGAAUGAAAAUGAUUAAUUAUUAAUUAAAUGGGUAUGUUUUUGAAAAUAUUAACAAGUAAGUUUCAGUGCACAGAAAAUUAUUUGUUUCCCUGUGUGACAGCUGGUUUGUGGCUUUUGAAGGGACAGUGGGAAAUAGGAGAAUAAGUGGCUGCACUUAGCAACCAAAAUAUUUAACUCUUAAGUUUUGUAAUCAGAUUAUUUAGAACACCAGCCAUUUAGGUUUACAGACAUAUUCAUAAAGCUAAGAGUAAAACCAUUUUGUGGACCAGUAUGGCUUUUUUUUCCCCCCUAAUUUUGGGCAGUACUUAUACGUUAUAUUUGAUUCUGACAAAGCUCCUUUUUUCAAGAUGAAGCUUUUAAUUAUUUCUAAUACCCCAGUACCUUGUUUGAACAUGUGGUAUAACUGUAUAUCAAACUCACUAACACUGCAGAAAUACCAUUAACAAUGUUGUUCUAAUGAAAAUGUUCUCAGGUAUAUAUUAAUUAAAGAAAUAAAUUUCUUUUCCUGAAAGUACAA